UUUUCCACUGUUGUAAACUCGUUGUUAAUACUCCAACUACAUUUACUACUUUCCCUUUAAUUUCUCGAUUCCGUUAAAAUCUUCUGCCGUCUCUCCCUUAGGGUUUUUAAAAGAGAGUCAACCCCCUCUCUUUUCGUAUUCUUGCCUGUAGCCAGAGACGUCUUUUACUACGUCACGUGAACGGAUUCGACCCCCGUCACGUGACCGAAACGUUAACCAAUCGGACGAUCGCACCCCAACGAAUAAUGGCGAACCUGUACGAAGUGGUGUCGGUGAGCGUCGUUUUCUCUCUAGUGUGAUGUUUCGGGUGUGAAUGUGUGGGAUAUACACACCUUCGACCGGUAGUUACGACCUGUACUGGUGCUAAACACUUUUUUUUGGAUUGUGUUGAUUGAUGUAACUGUGAAGCACCUUUACGUUUUUAAAACGACUUCUUUCUUAUGCGGACGUGCGGAUCGAAGGAAUGACCUGAAAUGUCUUUAGAAAUCGAGAUAUGUUGACUGGAAGCAAAUGCACCUAAUGAAGAUGAAACUCGGUUAUACCCUAAACAACCACCGAUAUCUGGUGGUAUGUGUGAUAUUUCUACUUCUGCUAGGAAUGCCGAUCAACUGCGCCUGGCAAGAACCCAUCCUGCCAAAGUUUACUAUCACACAAUUACCAGAAGACAGUGUAAUGAAAUUCGUCGGUAAUCAAACUCACGUGGAUCAUUUCAAAUUACUAGAACAAGAUGGGGAUCACGUAUUAAUCGGUGCCAGGAAUAUCGUUUACAACAUUAGCAUCGGAACAUUACAGGAGAAAAAGAGAUUGGAAUGGUAUGCGGGUGAAAAUGACAUUAAUAUGUGUAAAGUUAAAGGAAAAUCAGAGGUAGGUAUGAUAUUAAAUGAACCUCCAAACUUUGUUCGAUCACUCCAUCACGGAGAAUUUGUCAUUGGAGAAUAUUUUAAGGGAUGUUUUAUUAACAAAAGUUUUUUUAUUAUUUAUUUUUCCGUUAGGAAUAUCGUUUACAACAUUAGCAUCGGAACAUUACAGGAGAAAAAGAGAUUGGAAUGGUAUGCGGGUGAAAAUGACAUUAAUAUGUGUAAAGUUAAAGGAAAAUCAGAGGAUGAAUGCCAAAAUUACAUUCGUGUUCUUGCAAAAAUAUCAGAGGAUACUAUUCUUGUGUGUGGCACUAAUGCCUUCAAGCCACUAUGUAGGCAUUACAAGCAAGGAGCGACAGAUUAUAAAAAGAUAAAAGAAAAUUCUGGAGAGGGACUGUGUCCCUAUGACCCAUCUCACAACAGUACUGCAAUAUUUGCAGGAACACUGAAGGAAAGGACAGGUAGUGUAGAAAUUCUAGUUGCUGAUGUGCCUGCUGUUUAUUCAAGAGUGGCUCGAGUUUGCACGAAGGAUCAAGGAGAUGGAACUUCUGGAGUCAAAGGAAAACAAUGGACAUCAUUUCUCAAAUCUCGUCUGAAUUGUUCCAUACCAGGAAAUUUUCCAUUUUAUUUUGAUGAAAUACAAUCUACCACUCAUAUUGUAGAAGGAACUUAUGGAGAGGAAAAAGCACAGCUGUUGUAUGCAGUCUUCACAACACCACAAAAUAGCCUUACUGGGUCUGCUGUCUGUGCCUUCCGUCUCCAAGAUAUUCAAAGAACUUUUGAUGGUGACUUUAAGGGCCAGAAAGAUAAGGAUUCAAACUGGUUACCUGUGCCAUCUGCAGAUGUACCAAUGCCAAGACCUGGAACGUGUGUUAAUAAUUCAAAGACACUUCCUGCACAAACUAUUCAAUUCAUACAUAAACAUACUUUAAUGGAUCAAGCUGUUCCUGCUUUCUGGCAAUAUCCUGUUGUUGUACACACAGGUUACAGCUAUCGUCUCACUCAUAUUGCAGUAGAUCCUCAGAUAGAAACAGCUGAUGGAAAGAAAUAUGAUGUUCUUUUUAUAGGAACAGAUAAUGGAAAAGUUAUUAAAGCUUUAAACGCUGGAAGUGCAAAUGCCAAUGGCAAAGUCAUACCUGUAAUUAUUGAGGAAAUUCAAGUAUUCAGUUCCAAAACUCCAAUUACAAAUCUACUUGUAUAUCAUACUCUAUAUAACAACAGACUAAUGGUAGUCUCCCACCGAGAAAUAGUUACCAUUCCUUUACAUAACUGUAAACAGAGGGCAAGAACUUGCAGGGAUUGUGUAGGGUUACAAGAUCCUUAUUGUGCCUGGGAAAAAACACAGAAGAAGUGCACAAGUUCAAGAUCUAGAUUUUGGAAAAGUGACUUUUAUGUACAAAAUGUAGAAGAGGGUUCAGAUCCUCGGUGUCCUGAAGAUGAGGACAUUACAACAUCAGAAUCAGUGCUGCAGCACACUGAUUCAGAAAUAAGGAGUACAACAACAAGUACUCCCACCUGCCCACCAUGUCCACAGAAGUGCAUUUGUCCACCUAAUUUGUGGUUUCCUUCCAGUGAAAAUGAUAUUACAGAAACCAAUAAUUCCGGGCGUAUUUUAGGCACCGGUACAACUCCGCAACGUUCUCCCCAUCACUCUGCUAGUCGUCAUGACAACCAGUUGGGCAGUCACUCUUCUUCUACGAUGGAAAAAGACGACGGUGGCAAUGGUAUUACUGGUGCUUCAAGGGGUCAUCCUUAUAUGUAUACAGCUGAAACCUUAGCCAUUGCAGUAACUACAAGUAUUGUUUCUUCACUUGUUGUUGGUUUUAUCAGUGGUUAUAUUUUUAGUCGACGUUGUCGAAAUACAGAAGUCGAUUCACCUUACGACGAUGCACAUUAUCUGGAACAACGAGAUGCUCGGCUGACGUGUGACAUGAACCAUAGUGAUAGCUUUCUCUCUCCUUCGAGCAACAAUAAGCCAAUAAAUCUUGUCCUUAAUGUGCCGCCAAAAAACGGGAAUGGUAAAAAUGCCAAUAGUUCUGCCGAUAACAAACCUGUACAGAAAGUGAAAAAGAUUUAUUUAUAGUUUGCCAGAUGUCAAAAUGUCGUCCAAUAUUCCAGCCAUAGGAGCUUCUUAAAUUGUAUGACUCCGUGGCUGCACCAUAGCCAAAACCCUCCAUCAAAUAUAUGACUUGGAUUUGAAUGGGGUGGAUUGUUCUGCACGAUAUGAUUCGUGAUGAUUAGUCAUAGCCUUUAUGCCGUCUAUGCAGACCAAAUUUGUUACUGUGCAAGUGAAGACUUUUUUCAAACACCAAAAUGGAAAUUAGUACCUUCGUGCUUCCAUAUUUCUGAAAGGUGGUCAAGUGAUUAGCCCGAUUAAUUUCCGUUAUUGCAGUGAAGCUUGACGGAAUCAUUAUGCAACUCUGGAAAAAGAUGUAAAAUAGUUGUAUUAGAACUACAGUGGAAAAAAUGAAAUGAAAUACUAUGUUUGACAUUAAAGUUUUUAAUGAUUUCAUCACCAGAGUUUGUGCUUAUCAGUUUGAAAGUGGUAUUGCAUGCAUAGUAAGAAGAGUUUUGUUAAAUCUAUUUAUCUCCUUGCAUAUAUCUAUAUAUACAUAACCUAUAUAUAUACAUAUAUAUAAAUAUAUCUAAAUAUAUAUGAAAAAUUAGAUAUUAAUGGCUAUCACUUAAACACCUUUUAAAUUUUUUUCUACAUUUGACAGAAGUCUGUUUUUUAUAUAAUUGAUUCAGAAAACAAUUUGUCAAUUUCCUCUCCAAAUAAUCAAUCUUGUGAUACAAUAACAAUUUAAAAAUUUCUUGUUGCUCGUAUUUCAGGGCAAAAUAUUCUAGCUCAUAGAUCAGUAUCUUGUGAUCAACUUACUUCAUGUUUACCAUUCCCUAAAUCCUUGUUAAUAUUCAGGCAAUAAUAACAUUUUAUCUUUUUGAAAAUAACUUUUUAAUGUGAUUGGUGACAUCUUGUUCAAAGAAGACUGAAAACAAUUAAGGAGGGUUGUGUUUAGUGACAACGGAUGCCACUUCGAGUGAUAUCUUGGUGAUGUAUGAUUAGUGCUACCUCGGCCAGUGUUUGAUUUUGGAUACAUGCAGUAUAAACUCAAAUAUUCAAGAACAGACGAUAACAGUUUAGUUAGGAUAAUUCAAUGUCUUGUCUUGAAACGUGCUGACUUGUGCCUCCCUCGCAUCCUACAGGGAAACGGCUCCAACUUGAAUCCAUCAUUUAUAUGGUAUGUCAUAAAACCAGUUCUUACAUUGUAAAGACUGGUACAAACUAUAGACCAGAUCAUCUGCACAUCGACGUAAGUGCAAAAUUAAAGUCUGCCAGAUUAUCUGUGAAAGAACAGUUCAAAGUGAAGAUUUCUCCACAACAUGCAUAAACUGUGGAGUCAUUAAAAUGUGGAUGUAUGUUUUUUCUCUUCCCAAGCCUGUAGAACAUUGUAAAUUUAAUAAUGCAAUUACUAGAUAGUAGAUGUAAAAAGUGGCACCAUUGCGCAGCCUUACUAUAGUCUCCCUCUCCCUAUGUAUACAGAUUAUAAUAGCCUUUGCUACAUCUGUCUAGUUGAAGUAUUUGAUGCUUGUUGUCCCAAAUCCUCUAUCUUGACACAUAAAAAUAGAAAAUAGUCUUCUGUAUCCUCUGUUAACAUCAUUAUUGAAUAUUUGUACAGGAAGAUAACUUUGUAAAUAAUUUCUUUUUACAUAUUUUGCUUCCCACCCCUGUUGUAAUCUUUUCUAUAUCCCAAAAACUCUGCUGAACUGUCAGGAAAUUCAGUAGUUUUAAAAUUUUAUAUACAAAAGUAAUUGAAGAUCGAAUGAAAUUUGACAGUAGGAAACAAUGCGAAAAUUAAACUGCAGAUGUAAAAUACCAUUUUAUUUGUUUAAAUUUAUUAUUUCAAUUUUUCAUUACAUUUUUCACCAUUAUUGAGUUUUUAACUUUGCAUCAGCCACCAAAAAACAUUCACGCAUUACAAAUUGUACAUAAUUAAUUGUGUAUUCUUAUAUUUAUGUAUAUUUUUAAGUAACAAAAAAAAACUAUAUCCUGUAUGCAGUACAUCAUACAUUCUUUACAAAAAUACUUUACAUACAGUAGAUGUUGCAUGCGUAACUUCACGCAUAUUCUGUAUCAGCAUCAAGAGAUCCAAAUGAAACACACAAGCUCAGUAUUCUGACAUAAGAAGGCACAGUGCAACAAAGUGCCGACAUUAAAUAAAUUAUAAACUAUUAAUUAAAAAAAUAUAUUAGAUGCAAUUUUUUCAAAUCUGUUUAAAUCAAAUAUAGGAAAACAUAUGCAUGAAACAUGUUUUAUUUUUCUAUGGCAUGUAAAUUAUGGUUAAACUGGAUUAAGGCAUAUAAAAUCACAGCAAGUGAUUUUACAACAAAGUUUUUAUCAUUUAACAAAAAACAAAACAAAAAUUUUGUUUAGGUUUAUCAGAGUAUAUAGCAUAUAUAUAAAAAAUAUAUAUAUAUAUCUAUAUAGUGUUUUGAUAAUCUUAUUUAAAAUGCUAUAUACCAAAGCUGAGAUUUUUCCUUUCUAUUUUGUAAAUCAGCUCAAAUUUUGGAGAACAUACAUAGCUGUGCAGUGUAUCACACUUUAAAAAAGAAAAAUGCUGUUUAUACUAUGCUGCAUUCAUUGUAAAUAAUUCCUUCCUUUUCAGUUUGAGUCAUACAUUUUUUACCAACUACCUCGUUGUGUUCCUGCUGUCUCUUUUUCUCUCCUGAAAUUUCUAUCCUUAUAGCUUAGUAAUCAGGGGUAAACUCAUAGAAAACCAAGUAGCAUUCUUUUGUACAUGUGUUCUUGCAAAUGGAUGUUAGCAAAAAACAAGUGUUUGAGCCUUUGGUAUUUGUACAGCAGUGUGUACAGUGUGUGAUCCCUGUGUCUAUCCCUUCUUGUGACUUUUUUUGGGAGAAAAGUAAAAAAAAAAAUUGGAACAGA